UUGCUGAAACAAUACCUAGCGCGCUCCUCACCAGGGCAGGCUGAGCCCUGAGCCUGGGAAGGGACAGGAGCGAAGCUGACUGCUUCCGACCCUGCUACCAGCCAGACAUUUCUCCUCCAGAGGUCCCGCUCUCCCCCCCCCCCCCCGCCCUGAAAGGGUCCCGGCGGUCUGGUUGGAAGCCGUGCAGCCAUGGGGGAACCUCGGGUGGCGUAGAUAGGGGAGCCUGAAUCAGGGUCCCGGCAACCAGGAGCCGAGGUCUGCGUCACCGGGGGCGGCGGCAUGGAGCUCAGAUCCAGCGACCUUCAUGGGAUUGAGGAAAACUUGGAUUUCGACUUCCAGUUCUGGAUCCAGCUCUUCCUCUGGGUGCACUUGUUCGGCCGGCUGGUCCAUUACCUCCUCCGCGCCAAUGGGGGGCUGACACAGUAGCUCCCUUGUCCGUUGCACCCACAGUGAGCAGCUUCCUUUCUGGAUUCCCCCCUGCCUGCAGAGUCCCAGUCUCUGCAAACCCCAGCUGUUUGGAAAUUGAGACUCGCAAGGAAGGACCUCCUCCUUCCCCAUCCCACCCUCUUGCUUCUCCUGCAGAGCUCUAUCCGGCUCUUUGGCUUCCGCUGAAAGUGGCUUCCCGCUCCCAAGGUCAAGGAGUGCAGCAGCGCUUGUUUGGGAAAGGCAAAGUAAAGAAACCUCCAGGUGACUAGUCCUGGGUCCCUCCCCUGCUGGCGGUCGGUACUGCCUGGGACUGCACGACACAAGAGUCAGACCCUGUGGUGCUUCAGGAUCUGCUCCCUGGGGUGCUGCUGCAGGGUGCCGCCGAGGGUUUCUGAGUGUGGGUCUCUUGAACGCUGCUUGGAGAGUCACCUUUGAUGCGCCACAGCCCCCUGCUGUUCGUCUCUGCAGUGGAUUUAAGGACCUGCACCCCUCUGACUCAGGCCUCUGGUGAGCCACAAGCCCAUCCCCCCGCAAUUUCCUUUGCAGCCCCAGUGGCUUGGCUUGGGGGGCACUGUACUUGUAGGAUGGUUUUUUUUCCAGGGGUCUGCCCACCAGUUCAUGCAGGAUCAGCAGUGAAGCAAGAGGGAGCCUCUUCCUCUGCUUUCGGCCCAAGGAUUUGAGAGGAGCGGGGACCCAGGGCACUGUUUCAAGCCCUGCUGUGUGGGUGUUGCCCCUUGCCACUGGCCAUUGUUCUGGCAAACCCGUCCCAUAAGUUCUGAAGCAGAAUCUGUGCUCCCCUCACCCUCCAGGAAGUGAAACUGACUUGGCUGGCUGCAUAAGUGACCAGACUCCCCUACUCUGGCUUCAUUCCCUCCACCAGGGAAGCCAACUCUCCGGACAGAGGGGGAGAGAAGAAACCGUUUCCAAGUCCCUUGGUCUUCCCCACCUCGAGCGAGAGGCAGGGAGGAGUGUGCAUGGAUGUGACUGGCCAGCCCUGAAGAGUCGCGUGCCGGUCUCUGAGUUGACAGCCACGCUCUGGAGCUGCUGCGGGGCACGGGAGCUGUUGGAUGGAAAUUCUUUCUCCUGGUCAGAAGUCAGGAGCUAUCAGCUCAAGCCCCCGGUCUCUGUCGGGAGUGGAGGAGUUUUGCUGAGGCUUGGGGCCAUUCCUCUAGUCCCUGAUCCUGCUGUCUCCGCCGCUGGGAAAUGGCCACGGCCGGAGGGUUCCUGGAUCGAGGCCGAGCUUCGCGUCGACGCUGGUUGUGAGGGCCGAGGAGAGAGGGAGAUAAAUAAAUGAAGGGAAACAUGAGCCAUGGAGCAGAAAUGACCUGCCCCAACCCCAGCAGGAACAAAGGCGCUAAGAUGUCACCGCUUCAGAAGCUGGAGAGUCUGGCUGGGCGGCUCUUCUACUGGGGGCCACGCAGCGAGGUGGGGGCCCCGGCUGGCAGCGGGAUGGCCCAUGUGUCGGAGCACACUGCUGCCUGGAAUGAGCAGAUGAAGGAGUUCCUAGCCAAAGCCAAAGAAGACUUCCUGAAGAAAUGGGAGAACCCCUCCCAGAACACGGCCAGUUUGGAUCAGUUUGAGCGAAUCAAGACCCUGGGCACGGGCUCAUUUGGGAGGGUGAUGCUGGUGAAACACAAGGAGACCGGGAAUCACUAUGCCAUGAAGAUCCUGGAUAAACAGAAGGUAGUGAAGCUCAAACAAAUUGAGCACACCCUCAACGAGAAACGGAUCCUCCAAGCCGUCAACUUUCCAUUCCUCGUCAAACUAGAGUAUUCUUUCAAGGAUAACUCCAAUCUGUACAUGGUGAUGGAAUACAUCCCGGGCGGGGAGAUGUUCUCUCACCUACGGCGGAUCGGGAGGUUCAGUGAACCUCACGCCCGGUUCUACGCUGCUCAGAUCGUCCUGACCUUUGAGUAUCUGCACUCGCUGGAUCUCAUCUACCGAGACCUGAAGCCAGAGAAUCUCUUGAUAGACCAGCAGGGAUACAUAGAGGUAACAGAUUUUGGUUUUGCCAAGCGGGUGAAAGGCCGAACUUGGACUCUGUGUGGGACCCCGGAAUACCUGGCCCCCGAGAUCAUCCUCAGCAAGGGUUAUAACAAGGCUGUGGACUGGUGGGCCCUGGGCGUCCUCAUCUACGAGAUGGCAGCUGGUUACCCCCCGUUCUUUGCAGACCAGCCCAUUCAGAUCUACGAGAAGAUUGUUUCUGGCAAGGUCCGGUUCCCGUCUCACUUCAGCUCAGACCUGAAGGACCUGCUCCGGAACCUGCUGCAGGUGGACCUCACCAAACGCUUUGGCAACCUCAAGAACGGGGUCAACGACAUUAAGAACCACAAGUGGUUUGCUACCACCGACUGGAUCGCCGUCUACCAGAGGAAGGUGGAAGCUCCCUUUAUACCAAAGUGCAAAGGCCCUGGCGACACGAGUAACUUCGACGACUACGAGGAAGAGGAGAUCCGGGUCUCGAUCACUGAGAAGUGCGCCAAGGAGUUUGCUGAGUUCUAGGGCCAGCGGCCCCCCCACCGGGAGGGCACGUGCAGAGCAGGUGGGGGCGGGGUUGGAUUUGAUCAGCAGAAAGACCAGAGUUCCUUGCCUGUGUGUUUUUAUUUUUGUGGCAGGGGGUAGGGAUUUGCCUGGAUCUGCUUUGAGAGGGGGGGAACGGGAGACCCCUUAUUCUAAACCUGUACUAAGUAAACAAUAGUAGAGAAGGGCAGGAGUCUAAAUUCUCCCAUACGCAUCCCUAUUCCCCCCACUUGCACAUGCUUCCCCCCCGGCCGUCACAAGCCUGCAGCCCACCCCAGCAGCUCUCUUCAUCCCCCUCCUCACCUGGGGUUUAAACAGAUUUCCCCACAUUUACACACACUCAGCUCCCACUGGUUACUUCCCCCCCGACACACACUGAUCCGGUUACCCCCACACUGCCUCUCAGUCCACACAUGCUGCACCCCCACCAUCCUGGCCGGCUUUAUUGGUGGCUUUUAGUUUUUGAAGGAGGGGGCGGGGGGCGUAUUUUGCCAUCAAAUUCCCCCCAGAUCUUCAUGGCUAUUUGCAAAGGCUUCUGGGAGCAGGGUAUGGAGCAAAGAUGCCCCAACAGCCACCGACAUGGCAGAUCAAUAUCCUGGCAUCCAGAAUAGCUUUGAAUCCCUCCCCGCUCCCCCCUCCCCCCCCCGGGGAGACAAAAUCCCAACCCCCCGCCCACCAUUCUGGAAAGAGGAAGGAGGAGGGAAAUCUUGUCUCAUUUUAUAAACUUGGGGGUGGGGCUCCCUUUUUUUUUUAAAUUAAAAAUAAAUAAGUAAAAUAAAGUUUAUUUUCUGUUAGGGAACGCGGAGGGGGAGUGGUAAGAGGUUUUAAAGAUCCAGGCGUGGGGCUGGGCUGAGCUAACUUUCCCUACAUCAGUCCCUGCCAUCCCCAGAGAAACCUCCCUUCCCCUCCUCCACGGUGCCAGGAAUUUUAACUCUCCAAGCUUUGAAUGUGUCCAGGUUUUAGCAAGGAAAAAAAGAACUGUUUUUUUCAGGUAGAAACUGACAGUACUUCCCCACCCCCACGGUUCUCUGCGAGGUGUCUGGUUUGGGGGUAUCUUACACCGGCGGGGGAGAUCUGGGGGUCGGUUACAGGCUGGAAUGGAGGUGCUGGGAGAGGGAAUCUGCCCGGUGGGUUCUGUAUUUUUAGCUCCCUUUGGAAAUAAAAUGCUGCCUUUUGAA